AUGUCGACGCUCAAUAAUGGGCUAAUAGCCUCUGCUCGAGGUUAUUCUUCGCUUUUGACCACCUGCUCUCGAAGCCAGCCUACAAGAAUUCGAAUUUUCAAUUCCCCUGUUACCAAAACGUUGGCACGACGAUUUAUGUCCUCAGUUAAUGGAAACAAUUUUAAAGGACCUGCGAAACCCCAUGUUCCUUUAUUUUCUUCUAACAACACUACUAAAAAGUCGACUGGCAUUUUCCGAUUGUUGUCACAAAGAUCGCUUUUAUCAAAGCUAAACUUCAGAAGCAUUCAUCACUCUCCUAAGUUUGGUUUUAACUCCUCCAGUACCUCGGACAAACGCCAAAAUAUACUACUAUCCGAAAAUCAAGCGCCAACUAGUACUGGUGACGAAAUCCAACGAACAAUUCUCAAAAACCUAGUCAAAUAUUUGUGGCCCAAGUCUUCACGUUCUGCAAGAAUACGCGUUGUUAUUGCCUUAUCGCUACUUAUUUUAGCAAAAAUUCUUAAUGUUCAAGUUCCUUUUAUCUUUAAAGGUAUUAUUGAUGAUAUGAAUAUUGACUGGGCAACUCAGGCUGGCACUGCUGCUAUAGUCAUAGGUGCUGCUGUAUUGGGUUAUGGUUUUGCUCGUUUUGGUGCUGUCCUUUUCGGCGAACUGAGAAAUGCUAUCUUUGCUACUGUUGCUCAGUCUGCGAUUCGUCAGGUUGCUCUUAGUACCUUCCAACACUUGUUAAAGUUGGAUCUUGGCUUUCAUCUUUCCAGGCAAACCGGUGGUGUCACUCGAGCAAUCGACCGAGGUACUAAAGGUAUUUCCUAUGUUCUGACAUCUAUGGUAUUCCAUAUCAUUCCUAUCUCUCUUGAGAUUAGUUUGGUUUGUGGCAUUCUUUCCUAUAACUAUGGUGUUAACUUUGCUUUGGUAACCCUUCUUACUAUGCUUACUUACUCCAUAUUUACAAUUCAAACAACAACUUGGAGAGCCCGCUUUAGAAGACGUGCCAAUGCAGCUGAUAAUAAGGCUGCUACUGUGGCCCUUGACUCUUUGAUUAACUUUGAGUCGGUCAAGUACUUUAAUAACGAAGGAUACCAAGCCCAGAAAUAUGAUUCUGCAUUGUCCCAAUAUGAAAAGUCAUCAAUACAGGUUCAACAGUCUCUUGCAUUCCUAAACUCUGGCCAAAAUUUUAUUUUCUCAUCAGCCCUUACUGCUAUGAUGUACAUGGCUUGUUCUGGUGUUGCUGAUGGAUCGCUUACUGUUGGUGAUUUAGUUUUGGUGAAUCAAUUAGUUUUUCAGCUUUCAGUUCCAUUGAACUUUCUUGGAUCUGUAUACAGAGAUUUAAAGCAAGCUCUUCUUGAUAUGGAAACACUGUUUAAGCUUCAAGAUGUUAACGUCACUAUUCAAGAUAAGCCCGAUGCCAAGCCUUUAGAUUUUAAGGGUGGUGAAAUCCGCUUUGAAAAUGUCUCUUUUGGCUAUCAUCCAAACCGAAUGAUUCUUAAAAAUGCUACAUUUACUAUUCCUGCUGGUCAAAAGGUUGCUGUGGUUGGUCCUAGUGGUUCAGGAAAAUCCACCAUUCUUAGACUCUUGUUUAGAUUUUACGAUGUUGAUCAGGGUCGAAUCUUGGUCGAUGGUCAAGACAUUAGAGACGUUACUCUUGACUCUCUGAGAAAGGCUAUUGGCGUUGUUCCCCAAGACACUCCUCUGUUUAACGAUACUAUCAGAAACAAUAUUAGAUACGGUCGUCUGGAUGCUAAUGAUCAAGAGGUUGAAGAGGUUACUAAUAGAGUACACCUUCGCCGCCUGAUUGAUCAACUUCCUGAAGGCUACGAAACUAAGGUUGGUGAAAGAGGUCUGAUGAUUUCUGGGGGUGAAAAGCAGCGCCUUGCUAUUUCUCGUGUUCUUCUUAAGAACCCACCUAUCAUCUUCUUUGACGAAGCAACUUCUGCAUUAGAUACCGAAACAGAAAAGCUUUUAUUGCAAAAUAUAAAUUCUAUCACAAAAGACAAGAAGCUUACAUCUGUUUUCAUUGCGCACCGUCUUAGAACUGUCGCUGAUACAGAUAAGAUUAUUGUUCUUAAGGAUGGUAGUGUUUUGGAAGAAGGUUCUCAUACCCAACUUCUUGCAGAUAAGUCUUCUUUCUAUCACAACCUUUGGGAGUCUCAGGAAAAUCUUUCUUUGGCAAUUGAAGAAGACGAGGCAGUUGAGGGGCCUACUACUGAAAAGACAAAUUUGUGA